GGCCAGCGCACCAAUCCCCAAAAAAUAAUACAACUCAAUCCAAAUCAAAUAUUACAAAAUAAAAACAAGUUUGACGUAAAUGAAAAACGCGAAAAUUUAAGAGAACGAUUCUUGAAACUCUUUCGAAAAAAAAAAAUACAAAAACUUUUCGCGCAGUGUACUAUCAUAAUUAUUUUCAAUUUGUUUUCAGUGUAAAGCCAAAGGCUUUGAGUAAUAUAAACAAAAAAAGAAACAGUAAAGUGCGGUAAGUGGUUCCUAGCGGCAACUGAAAGAAUAAUUGAAGCACAUAAAGCUCGCUGGUUCUUAGACGAGCUUGAAACGCAGCCGACACAAUGCAGACGAAUGUGCAAAUUGAUUCGAAGAAUCUGCGCAGCAACGAUGACAACUUUCGUUCACGCAGCCAUCACAUAACGAUUGAGGAAUUGGUGGCCAUAUCGCCGGAGCGUCGCAAUUGGCGCGGCAUCUUCAUAGCUCUGCUGGUCAUUGCCGCCGUCUUCAGCUUGAUAAUAUUCUCGAUAUUUCUGCUAUCGCCGGAGGAUGAGGGCCUGCGCAUCCGCGGACGCCGCAUGCUGCCCAGCGAUAUUCUGAGCAAGAGCCUGCAGUGGAAGCCCUUCAAUGGCACCUGGAGCAAUGAUCACGAGCUAAUAUAUCGCGAUCCGACAGGCGGCCUAUCCAUACUCAAUAUGACGGACUAUACCACACGCAUUCUGAUGACCAAUUCCACAUUUCGUCAAUUGAAUGCGGAAUCCUUUUUGGUUGCACCGGAUCAGAAGUACGUACUGCUACAAUCGGACAGCAAUGCUGAGGGUUCAAGACAUCAUGUCUACGAGGUGCAAACCGCCAACACAUUUCCCCUGGGACCAACGGAGAAUAUUGCCGAGGCGCCGCGGCUGCAGCACGUGGUCUGGGCGCCCAUCAAUCCACCACCACCUCCACCACCACCGCCGCCAACAGCAGCCACACAGUCGCCCUUGCCCAGCGGCAGCAUCAUCCUGAACAGCCUUGCAGGCGCCGCAGCUGGCGGUGCUGGCAAGCCGACGGCCACCACCAACGGCGGCUCCGCCAAUGGCAGCGGUGCGAGCAAUGGCAAUGGCCAAGGUGCCAGGGCGGCCUACACACUCAACCAGGCCAUCGCCUUCGUGCACCACAACGACAUCUACUACAAGCCCAAGGUGCAGGGCGAGCUCGUCUGCCGCAUCACGCAGACGGGCGCGGCGGGCAUCUUCUACAACGGCGUGCCCGAUUGGACGUACGAGAAUGUGCCCGAGCUGGAGAGUAAACGGAGCAGCCUUGCCUUCUCGCCGGACGGAAUGUUCCUCGCAUUCUUCAGCUUCAACGACAGCGAAGUCAACGAGUAUAAAUACACAUGGAUGGGCGAUAAUAUCAAAUACCCGGCGGUGCUCAGCCAACGCUAUCCAAAGGCGGGCGCGCGCAAUCCGAAUGUGACCGUCAACGUGGUGAAUCUGUCGGUGAUCAAGUACAUAUUUCCCACACAGAUCAAGCUGCCCGGGGAUCUGGGCAACGGCAGCUAUGUGGGCGGCCUGACCUGGGCGUCGCCCAUCGAUCUGUCCGUGACGAUAACCAGCCGGGAUCAGACCAAGGCAACGACUGUCAUCUGCCGGGCACCGCACUUCCACUGCCAGGUGGUGCACACCGAGGUGACCAUCAACGACGGCUGGGUGCUGCCCGCCGAGCAGCCGAUCUUCUCGGCUCGUAUCGCUGCCCAGAUGCGAGGCAGCCAGCUGCGCCAGCUGCAGCUCCAGGAGCUGGCCAACGGCGAUGCGGCCAUGGACGACAGCCAGGCGAAUGUGACCAACGGCCAGACGACGUACGAGAUCUCCAAUGGGGGCUAUCUGCUGAAGCGUCUGCCCGUGCGGGACGGCGAGCACGGCCACUAUCGGCACGUGGUGUUCAUAUCGUCGCUGGACCGACGGCCCGUCCCGCUGACCAUGGGCCGGUUCGAGGUGACCGAAAUCGUGGGCUGGGAUGAGCAGCGCGAGAUCGUUUAUUUUAUGGCUGCUCCUGAAAGGCGACCGGGCGAACGUCACCUCUACAAGAUCAGCCUUAAACUAAACGUCACCGAAACGAAUCGCACCUACAUCACCUCGACGCAGCCCACCUGCCUCACCUGCGACAACACGGAGUCCACCUAUCGGCUGCAUCGCGCCCGCAGCACUAACGCCGCCGCCUGGCAGCGCGGCGAGAAGUGGGAGGACAUUGUGUCGCGCCUGGAGCCGGACGACUGCAUCUACGACAUACCCAAGAAUUGUCUAUACAAUCGCGUCCAGUUCAGUCGCGACUACAGCUUCUACGUGCAGGAGUGCCUCGGACCGGAGUCGCCCAGCGUCUACCUGGUGGAGACGUCCAGCAACGAGAAGAUCUUUGUACUAAACGCGGGCGAUGUUCUGCGCCAUCGUCUCACCCAGCUGGCCAUACCGCAGACGCGCACCUUCAGCGUCGAGAUACGCCAUGGCUUCCACGCACAGGUGCGUCUCUACUUGCCGCCAGGCAUGCGCGAGGAGGAGGAGGUCGCCUUUCCACUGGUGCUACAUGUCGACGCUGCGCCUGGCUCACAGCUGGUCACGGAGCGCUUCCAAGUGGAUUGGAAUUGGUAUCUGUGCAGCCAGCGCAGCUUCAUUGUGGCCCAAAUCGAUGGACGCGGCAGCGGCUAUCAAGGUGAACUACUGCGCACCCAGGUGCAUGGCAAGCUCGGCACCGUCGAGGUCGAAGAUCAGCUCGGCGUACUCACCUAUUUGCGCGAUAAUCUCAAGUUCAUCGAUCCGUUGCGCAUCUGCGCCUUUGGCUGGGGCUACGGCGGCUACGCCGCCUCCAUGAUGCUCAUCGAUGAUUCGCAACAGGUGCUCCAGUGCGCCGUUGCCAUCAAUCCCAUUGUGAGCUUUGGCUAUCAUUAUUCAUUUUUCACGGAACGCUAUAUACCGCUGAAGGGCGACUAUUUGCGCGCUUUGCAGGAGUCGGACCUGACCAUGAAGGCGGGCAACAUAAAGGGGCGUAAUCUGAUGUUAAUGCACGGCACAGCGGAUACGCUGGUGCAUCAGGAGCAUACGCUGAUGCUGGUGCGGGCAUUGGUGGAUCAGCAGGUGAAAUUCCGUCAUCAGGUGUACCCAGAUGAGGAUCAUACGAUCACCCGAUCGCUGAGCCAUGUCUAUAAGACCAUGGAAUGGUAUUUCGAUGAGUGCUUCGGCCCCGUCGACGACAACGAGUGGGACCCAACCGGUCUGUUUGUGUUUAAACAAUAAUUAAGACCCCCCUACGAUCCUUACGACGAGGAUCCGCUGGCCAAUCAGCUAAUCGAUAUCGACCUCGAUCCCGGUGAGCGCCACAAUCAGACAACACCAGCCACAACACCGCUCUCAGCUCUCGACGAGCUCGACAACAGUCUACAAGCACUUGACCUCAUGACCUCAUCGGCAAUGACCCUUAGUAAAGUCUCCAACAAGCUCUGCAACUACAGCAGCAAACGCAAACUCCAACAGGCCGAAACAACGCUGGCCAAAAAGAUGCGCAUCAUUCACCAUUAGCAAGUCCAAUGCUAGAGAACUCCGUGUGCUAUAUGAGAGAGAGAGUGUGCGUGUGUGUGUGUGUGUGUGUAUAAGAGUGUUUGUAGCAGUGCGUAUGUAUAAGAAUGUGUUUAUAAGAGUGAAUGUAUAAGAGUGUGUGUGCAUGUAUAAGAGGUACCACACUCUUGCUCUAACGCUCUUCUAGAGUGUCUAUAUAAGAGUGUGAGUAUAAGAGUGUGUGCAUAAGAGUGCCUGUAUAAAAUUGUGUGUGGCAGGGUGUUUGUAUAAGAGUAUUUGUGGGAGGGUAUUUGUACAAGAAUGAAUGCAUCGGAGUAAUUGCAUAAGAGUGAGCGUAUAAGAGAUACACACACUUUUAUGCAAACAUUCUUCUAGAGUGUCUAUAUAAGAGUGUGUGUAUAAGAGUGAUUGUGGUAGAGUGUUUGUAUAAGAGUGAAUAUAAAUGGGUGAGCGUAAAAGCGAUAUACACACACUUAUACUCAUACUCUUAUACACACACUCCUCUCGAGUGGUAUGUAGAAGAGAAGAAGAAUGUGAGUGUAUGAGGAUGAAUGUCUUCUUCUAUAUAUGUACAAGAGUGUGUGUAUAAGAGUUAUUCGAAGAGUGAAUGUAUAAGAGUAUGCUUGAUUAUGUAUGUAUGUGUGACUCUUUCUUUGCUAUCCUCACUUUCUUUUGAAUAUAUGCAAAAAAAAAAAAAUGUUGAGUGGGCAUUUUUAAUGUUUUUUGAUUUCAAAUAGGUUUAGUAUUUUGGGCGUGAUUGAAAGUUGUGUGAUUGGUGUGGAUAUACAAGAAAUAUUUGUUAUUCUCUGUUGAAAACUUUGUUUGGUAUCUUUAAAGUAUUUUGUUAAAUUCAAAUUGUUAAAUUAAAAUGAGUAAAAGGACAUUUUUAAUGUCUGCUGAUCAACAGUUUAGUAUUUUUCUUUUUAGUAGUGACUAAUGUGUUGAAUGAUUGGAAAAAACGUAUCAUUUUAAAUGUUUUAUGUUAUUAUUAUAUAUAUUUAUAGUAUAUUUCCAUAAAUAAAAUGUGCAGAAUUUGGCAUUUAUUAAGAUGUGCUCAGUAUUUUAUUAGUAUUUUUGCGUGUGUGCUCGAGUGUGACUGAUUGAUUGAGUGUAAACGAACAAAAUCUUGUUAGCCUGCGGUUCUCUUCUGUCUUCUAUUUUAUUAAGUAUUUAUUUAUUUAUUAUUUGUACUUUUCUUUAUAGGAAACUCUUGUAGAUAGUAUUUUAAGCAAAAUUAAAAUACUACCACUAUUAUAUAAAAUAUAUGUCAAUGUGUAUAUCUGUUCUUAAUCUGUUUGUAUCUGUGCUAGCUCUUCUCUCGAAUGGGAGAGUUUACAUCGUGAAUAUUAAGUUUAUCAUCUAGUAUUUAAUUACUACAUAAAUCCUACAGCUGCCAUAGAAAUAAUGUGUCAGUGAUGAUGCUUUUCUGAAUUGUUGGUAGAAUUUGUCAUUUAUUCAGUAACACUCAAGUACAAUAUAAUCCGGAUAUAUUAGAAGUAUCUUGAAAUUUUUGCGAGUUUUCACGAUACUUGAAUAUGGUAAUAUUAGUAGAAAUAGAAGAGAUGUAUUAUGUCUACAAGGGUAUUUCAUCUUUGAUUAUAUUUUAUGGUUAGUAUUUUUUUAGUCUUUUUUGUAUGUAUGUAUGCUGAGAUGCGCGAUAAUUGGGCCAGCAAAAGAAUUUUUGUAAUACAAAGAAAAGCAAGGUGAUUCAUUUAUGCGACUGAUUAUUAAAGAAAAUGGAAAACA